AUGAUAGUUGAGGAGAAACCGAAGACAUUUGUUGGUUUUGAGAUGGGAAGCGCACAGGGAAAACUACAGCUGAAACAAACAGAAUACGUGAAAAAGAUAUUGGCAAAAUAUAAAAUGAAUGAAUCAAAACCAGUUUCUGCACCUGCAACAAAAGGUGAAAUAGAGGAAGAGAGAAUACAAACUACAUAUCCCGUAAGAGAAACUGUAGGAAGCUUACUAUAUUUGAGUAAUAAAACUAAACCAGACAUAAGCUUUGCAGUUAAUAAAGCUAGUAGACAAGUGGACAAACCAACGAACAAACUGGUGGCAGCCAUAAAACGUAUACUGAGAUAUCUGAAUGGAAAACAAAUUGAGACAAUAGAAUAUCAAAAGGGUGGAAGAAACGAACUGAUGACCUACUGUGAUUCGGAUUACGGAGGAGAUGAAAAAACUAGAAGGAGCACUACAGGAGGUGUAGGGGCGUUGGAAAAAUGA